CUGAGGUAGUCAUUCAGACACGAGGCGCAUCUCUUUUCACUUGCUUCUGUGCGCUUGGACCUGGCUGUGGGUUACUAUAUCACCAUGCAUUUCAACGCACCCGAAUCGUGCAACUUUAUGUUCCUAUUUUGCUUUUUAUUAAGGAGUGGUCUGACUUUGAAGAAUGAUGCUACGGAGAUGUUUUACUCUCACGUGGUCAGUCCCGUUGAGGAUGCUCAGAGCAACGCGUCUCUGAAUCGAGCGCGCACCGGCGGCAGAGGCUUCACGGCGCACGAGAGAGGCGAACGAGUCCCAGUCGGCUGCAGGGAGCUGCGUUCAACAAAGUACAUCUCAGACGGCCAGUGCACCAGCAUAAACCCAGUUAAGGAGCUUGUGUGCACGGGUCAAUGUCUUCCUGCACAGAUGCUGCCCAACUGGAUCGGUGGAUACGGCAGAAAGUUCUGGAACCGCAGAAACAGUCAGGACUGGCGCUGCGUGAACGACAAAACCAGGACCCAGCGGAUUCAGCUCCAGUGUCAGGACGGGACCGCCAGAACCUACAAGAUCACAGUGGUGACCUCUUGCAAAUGCAAAAGAUACUCACGGCAGCACAACGAAUCGGGAAACAAGUCUGAGGGAUAUACUCAGAUGAACCCCCAGAUGAAGAACCCUAAAGCCAAAGGAGGUAUCAGAAUAGCAAGCUAGAUAGAGUAUUUGAUUUUGCUUAAACUAUUAGACUGAGAGGGAGAACAUGUGAAGUCAGGUCACAGGAGCAAAUGGGGGCAUUAAGAGGCUCUUUAAGUUGCAUAUUUAGCAUUGAAGUUUCUUUGUGCAGCUUUUGAGAGCAAGUGCACGGCUCCACGUUCACCAUGAAACUAGAAGCCCACUGCAGACAUUGGUAAACGAGAAGGCUAAUUCUCAUCUCCGACAUCACAUCAUCGUGCAGCCCAUAACCGACCCUGUGCCAAAGUCCCUAUCAAUGUCAAAGAGACUGCCAGCAGUGACCAUCGCAUGUACAACAUGCAGGGCUGUGAUUUUAAGUGUCAUCGCUGUCUAAUGUGUGAUAUGCAUUUUAAUUCACUCGCUAUGAUGUAUAUAUGCCAGUGACAAUAACAGCUUUCUCAACUCUGAGAAAGAUGCAAAGCUAAAUGAAAUAUUGUACCAACAUGCUUGUGUAAUUACUUGUUACUUGUGCGUUCGAAAUGUUAUAUUUUGAUGAUAAGUUGAUGUAAUAUAUUCUGUCAUGACUCUGACUUUGAAUUGCUUGUUUUCAGUACGUGCAAGCACGCAUACAGACAAUGUAUUGCACUAUAGAGACAAUGUUUAUUGGCUGUUAUGGUGUAAAAGCAAUAA